GCAAAAUGGGGAUCUUCACUGUCAUCCUCCAACUGUGUCUUUUGUGGGGUCCAGUUCUAUCUGCAGGUACGGAAUCAGAUGUUGUGACACUUGAUCAACGGUACCUGAUGACUACAGAGUAUGCUGCUUCCAGGCCCGCCACGACACUCUCGACACUAAUGGCAGAAGAUGCCUUGUCUUCCACAGACGUUUCCACCCCAGGUUGGUGGCCUAGAACAACUCCCAUCUAUGAUUGGUGGCAUCCAACAACUAUUCCCCCUGUGAAUUUCUGCGGAGGCUUCCUGGCUCAAUCCUCAGGAAACUUUUCUAGCCCCUUCUACCCAGGGAACUAUCCAAACAAUGCCAGGUGUGUGUGGGACAUUGAGGUCCCGAACAACUAUCUGGCUUCUGUCAUCUUCACAGAUGUCCGACUUCAAGGAGGCUGCAACAACGACUACAUUGAGGUUUUCGACGGCCCCUCCAGCAGCUCCCCGCUCAUCGCCAAAGUGUGUGAUGGGGCCACGGGCUCCUUGGGCUCCUUCACGUCCUCCUCCAACUUCUUGUCAGUCCGCUUCACCAGUGAUGGCAGCGUCACGCGGGCGGGGUUCCAGGCCACAUUCUACUCCAUCCCUUCCAACCACAGCACCAGUCUCUUCUGUCUGCCGAAUCACAUGCAAGCCAGCGUGAACAGGGACUACCUCCAGUCCCUGGGCUAUUCUGCCAGGGACCUUAUCAUUUAUGGAUGGAAUAGGAACAACAGGUGUCAGCCCCAGAUAACUUGGAGCCACGUGAUAUUCACAAUUCCCUACACAGGCUGUGGAACCCGCAAGCAGGUAGACAAUGACACCAUCAACUAUUCCAAUGUCCUCAAAGCAGCUAUGUCAAAUACCAUCAUCAUAAGGAAGAAGAACCUCCUCAUUCAUGUCAGCUGCAAGAUGCUGCAGAACACCUGGGUCCACACCAUGUACCUCACCAACGACACCACCCAGGUCAAGGAAGUGCAGUACGGCAACUUCCAAGUGAACAUUUCCUUCUACACAUCCUCCUCUUUCUCCUACCCUGUGACCACCAGCCCGUACUAUGUGGAUCUGGACCAGAGUCUAUACCUUCAGGCUGAGAUCCUCCAUACGGACGCCUCGCUGGCCUUGUUUGUGGACACCUGUGUGGCUUCUCCAAACCCCAACGACUUCUCAUCUCUGACUUACGAUCUCAUCCGAAGUGGGUGUGUAAGGGAUGAAACCUACGAAACCUACUACUCGCCAUCACCCCACAUCGCCCGCUUCAAAUUCAGUUCCUUCCACUUCCUGAACCGCUACCCCAUAGUGUACCUGCAGUGUAAACUGGUGGUGUGCAGAGCGAACGACUACUCUUCGCGCUGCUACAGAGGCUGCGUGGUGAGAUCCAAGAGGAAUGUGGGCUCCUACCAGGAAAAAGUGGAUGUCGUCCUGGGACCCAUAGAGCUGCAGCUCCCUACCAAAAAGAACCAGCCACCCUCAGACUCCACUUCCAACUAGCGCCCAAGGCCGUGACUUCCCAGGACUUGGGAAGCUUCUGCCGGUUCCCACUCAAAUUGAGCACCUAUUAUGUGCCAGGCACUGUGCUAUGCCUGGCCACACAGAGUAGAAUUAGACCUGGUUGCUAUCUUCUCUCCAGGGCUUUAGGUCUCUGGGGCCCAUGUGUAGGGCUUGGGCAGAGUUCUGGCCUGGAAACAGACAGACCUGGCCCCUGUCUCCUCUGGGUCUGAACUGCCAGAACGCACACUUCUCAUCUGUAAGGUGAAAAUGCUAGCACUUGUCUCUUAGGAUUGUUGAGAGGGUUCAAUAAAGUAAUGUUAAUCAAA